AUGUCCCUCUUCGGUUCCUCUCCACCAGGUGAAUCGCCCUCGAAUACCUCCGCCGCCCCUUCGCGAUCUCUCUUUGACGAAGAGCCCAUGUCCAAGUCAGGCUCCAAUUCCCUCUUUACCGACGACGAUUUCGCCGGCGCCGAAGGCUCGCCCUGGGACAUGCCCACUCCGAGGAAGCAACAAUCCCGCGCCGACGUCGUCCGCAACCUGCUGCCCCCCUCCGAUGUGCCCGACGCCUACAUCGAGACCUUCGACACCGUCGUGCGCGAGGAUGGCAACGCGGGGCGCGUCAAUGCAGGCGGCAUAGCCAAGCUCUUUGCCGCUGCGCGCCUCGGAGCUGACCAGCAGGCGCAGAUCAUGUCCAUGGUUGUCCCAGCUGCAGGUGGCGACAUAGCUGUCGGACGCGGCGAGUUCAACGUCCUGCUGGCACUCAUUGCCUUGGCCCAGGAAAACGAGACAAUCAGUCUCGACACCGUCGAUGAGCGACGAAGAACUCUCGCACUUCUCCAUGACGAUACUCGGCCCCUGUUCGCCGAGCUAUCGACUAUCGACUAUCGACUUAUCAGUGCGCAAUCUGUGGGGUUCGCUGCUAAUUGCCAAUACACUAAACCAGACCUUCCACUCCCCAAGCUCGCAGGCCUGACUGCUGCUCCGGUGAUGCCUCCCGUCUCCGAGCUUCCUGCCGCCAAACCUCCCACAGCUCCUCACACGCCGACCCCCGAACCUCCUCCAUCGCCGCCCAAGCCUGCCAGCCUGCCCCAACCCCCGAUGGACUUCCCCGAAUCCGACGAUCCAUGGAACUCUCCCGAUGUACACAAGGGUCACGCCCACGCCGCCGCUGAAUCCCCCAGCAGGACCAACGGUGCCAGCCCGCAGCGCCCGGCCGCCAACGGCAAUGGCCACACCAAUGGCAGCUUCGGCGCGUCGCCGAGCACCGCUAUCGCCGGUCGCACCAUGUCUUCUUACACGACAGCAACCGUUACCUCUGAGACAGCUUCCGCCCGCCAGAAUGUAGUUCCCAGCACAUCACCAGGUGGCUGGGGCGGCGGUUACUUUGAUGGCAACAAUACUGGAGGCGGCUUCAACGAACCCCCUCAGCCUCAGGUGACGAGUCCAUUUGGCGGCGCCAGCCGUGGUGGACGCGAGCCGACCGGAAACAAUCCAAGCGCCCCUGCAUUGAGGACUUCCACGAGUGGGCGGACGGGAAGCAGCGUCGAGGAGAGCAUCAUUGUGACCCUGAUGCCAGAGAAGGAAGGUCUCUUCAUGUUCCAGCACCACAACUACGAGGUGUCGAGUAUACGUAGGGGUAGCAAGGUUAUCCGCCGCUACAGCGACUUCGUCUGGCUUCUCGACUGCCUUCACAAGCGCUAUCCUUUCAGGGUGCUGCCUCUGUUGCCGCCCAAGCGCGUUGCCGUUAACGGCAACCACUUGUCCAAUGACGGAGCCUUCAUCGAGAAGCGUCGUCGGGGUUUGGCGAGGUUCUUGAACGCUCUCGUGCGCCACCCCGUUCUCAGCCAAGAGCAGCUCAUCAUCAUGUUCCUCACUGUGCCAACUGAACUUUCCGUGUGGCGGAAGCAGGCCACCAUUUCAGUUCAGGAUGAGUUCCAAGGCCGUGUCCUUCCUCCCGGCCUUGAGGACUCCCUUCCUCCCACUCUCGAGGCCCUGUUCGACAAAACUCGCUCGGGCAUUCGCCGUUCGGCUGAGUUGUACAUUAACGUUUGCAACAUCAUGGAUCGUUUGGUGAAGCGCACCGAGGGAGUUGCGGCUGACCAUGCACGCAUCGCCCUGUCUCUCGCAUCCUUGACCGAGACGAGCGCCGAUACCUACGCAACUGACACCAACGAGGUGCCGCUGCUCAACGAUGGCCUCAACUCCAUGAGCCGGCAUCUGAGGACUUGCCAGACCCUCAUGGAGGACGAGAGCAAGGCUUGGGAUGAGGGUGUUCUGGAGGACCUCAAGCGCCAGCGCGACGCACUUGUGAGCGUUCGCGAGCUCUUCGACCGCAGAGAGCGCUUGGACAAGGACAACAUCCCCUAUCUCGAGAGGCGCAUCCAGACCAACGAAACGAAGUUGGCGAACCUCCGCAGCAAGCCUGAGGGCAUGGUUAAGCCUGGCGAGAUUGAGAGGGUAGUGGAGGCCAUUAUCAAGGACAAGGAAUCCAUCGUCAGCCAACACAAUCGUUCCAUCUUCGUCAAGGAGUGUAUCCGCGACGAGCUCAUGUACUUCCAGAACACACAAUUUCACGUCUCUCGCUGGAACCAGGACUGGGCCCAGGAGCGCGUUAAGUACUCCGAGAUGCUGGCCGACAACUGGCGUCGCCUGCUCGACGAACUCGAGGGCAUGCCCCUCGGCGACUAG